AUGGACGGGAUGAACUAUGAGCCGAUGAUGACGGACGAGGAUUCGGAGCAGCCAAAUGUUACGAUUUUGGCGGCCGAUAGCACAAGGGUCGAGUUCGUCCUGUCCCGGACGAGCCUCGCCUUCGCCAACGCGCUGCGGCGUAUCGUGCAAGCCGAGGUGCCCACGAUGGCCAUCGACCUCGUCGAGAUCGAGAUCAACACUUCGGUGCUGGCCGAUGAGUUCAUCGCGCACCGGCUGGGCCUGAUCCCGCUUGACUCUAAGGACGUCGACGAGCUCAACUACUCGCGCGACUGCGACUGCGAGCAGUACUGCGAGCAGUGCAGCGUGCGGCUCACGCUGCACGCCAAGUGCACCUCAGACGAGAACAUGAAGGUGUACGCGCGCGACCUCAUCGUAGACGGGCGCCACGCGACGUCCAUCGGCACGCCCGUCAUCACGGACCCGGACGGCGUCGGUUGCCUGCUGGCUAAAUUGCGCCGGGACCAGGAGCUGCGGCUCAACUGCGUCGCGAAGAAGGGCAUCGCCAAGGAGCACGCCAAGUGGAUGCCCACGUCGGCCGUGGGCUUCGAGUACGACCCGCACAACAAGCUGCACCACCUUGACAUGUGGUUCGAGAACAAUACCGAUCCCGACAAGGAAUGGCCAAAGAGCAAGUAUGCAGGGUGGGAGCCGGAGGCCAAGGGUGAGCCGUUCAACUACGACGCCAAGCCGGAAAACUUCUUCUUCGACGUCGAGACCUCGGGCAGCAUGCAGCCCGACCAGAUCGUGCAGAGCGGCAUCCGCGUGCUGCAGCAAAAGAUUGGAGGGCUGCUCAAGGGCCUCGACCCGCGCAAGUACGGCGGCGAGGAGGCUGGCGGCGGCGACUUUGACGGGCCCCGCAGCCCGGACAUGAACUUGGAGGGCGGCACUACGCCCUGGCAAGACGGCGGCUACACCACGCCGUACGGCGGGGGCAACGCCACGGCAUACGGCGGCGGGGGCAACACAGCCUACGGCGGCGGUGGUUACGGAACCGCGUACGGCCAGACAUCUUGGUGA